GCCUGUCCGCCAUUUGAACAAACUGUAGGCGUAAUUCUAAUGACACCUGACUUUAAUCCUACCCUCAAUGAAGCCGUUGCCCGUAGCUUAGAGACGGAGCGAGCUCUGCUUGAUCAGCCAACUUGUUACUGGACUGAACUGGCUGAAAUAUGCAGGUUGAAGCGUGACCAGAUGAUUGAUUGCCUUUUAGAAGUGGGAAUGUUGCCGGUGCGGCCCGAGGGUGGAUACUUUCUUUUCGCCGGGAUCCGUGGGAUGCAUGGCUACCUUCUUGAGGACAUCUCUUGA